AUGGCGACAUACGAAAAGGCCGAAAACAAAUUCGUGACCAUCCACGGCGUCAAGCACGCAUACCGCCUCUUUGGCCAAUCCCAGGGGGUGCCCCUAUUCCUACAUCCUCACUUUCGAGGAAACAUGGACUUCUGGGAUCCGGCAUUCAUCAACCCACAAGCGGCAAGACGCCCAAUCCUCCUCGUCGACAUCACGGGCGUCGGCCGCAGCGAAGGAGAAGUCCCUACGAAAUACUCCACCUGGGCGCAAGUCGCCAUCGACGUCGCAGAAGCCCUGGGGAUCAGCAAGCUCGACAUUCUGGGCUUCUCGAUGAGUGGCUUCGUCGUGCAGCUGAUUGCGCUGCAGGCGCCGCAUCUCGUGCGAAAGAUCGUCGUCGCCGGCGCCGGCCCCAGCGCGGGCGAAGGAGUGCUCGCGUCAGAUCCGGAAUACUUCUCGCAGGUGGCCAGCGCGACCACCGAGGAUGAGUCGCGCCAGGCCUUCAAGUGGACCUUCUUCUCGUGCUCGGACAAGAAACAGCAAGUCGGUGAGCAGUGGUGGCAGCAUAUGACUAGUGCGCGCAAAGACCGCGCCCCGCUACUUGGCCCACAGGGCGUCCAGAACCAACUUGCUGCCCAUCGUGACGAGGGCUCGUAUGAUCGCCUCGAUUGGAUCACAAUCCCGGUCUUGGUCGCCAAUGGGAGCAACGAUCUCCUCGUCACUACGGAGAAUAGCUAUGUCUUGUGGAAGAGGCUGGUCAAUGCUGAUGCGCAUCUCCACCUGUACCCUGACAGCGGGCAUGGCUUUUUGGAUGAGUAUCAUGACCAUUUCUCAAACCUGGUCAAUGUCUUCCUGGAUGAGGAGUAG